GCAACGUGCUCUGAUAAUUAUAUUAAAUGUAAUAUAUAAAUUACCAAAGCCAACAAUACUCUAAACCAUGGGGACGUAAAGGAUAUCCUCAUAGUUAUGUUAGGGUGAGCAACCAGGCAAGCAAUGAUUGGGUGUGGUCGGACUAGGACCGGAUCUAAUAAACAAAAGUAGGAAACAAUCAAAAGUAUCAUCGCCCGUGUGCUUCUUAUCCGAUGGGAGGUAAUGGCAUGUGACUACUAUCCGGUGACAUAUUAUGGAUACGUAAUUGCCACCCGGUAGAGUAUAUUAGUUGCGGAAUCACUCACCCGAUAGAAUAUUAUAGUCAUAUAAUUGACGCACGCUAUCGGCCGGAUGACGCAAAGCGUGGGAAGAAGCGGAUGCAGGUGCAGAUGACCAUCAGGGAUCUGAAGGUACCGCGGGAGUCCCUGGACGAUAUAUAAGGGGGCCCAGAUUAGGCACAAUUCAGACGUGAUCCACCAGAGUUAGCGCAAGCACCUUCACGUCACCCAGUUUAAUAUUUUAUGUCUCCUGGACUUAGAAUAUUUUUCACAAGUUUUAUUAAAUUAAUUAAUUGGACUUAGAAUAAUUUUAAAUAAAAAACACUUAGAAUAAUUUCGAGAGUUCAAUUAUUUCACAAAACCUUUUCCAAAUCGACAUCAUUCAACUGAUUGUACGUGGCACGUUACAAAUUUGGCGCAGUCGGUAGGAUUCUUUCAAAUAAGAAUUCUUUGGACGAACAAUUUUAAUUUUUCGAACUUAGAAAAUUUUCGGGAAAAAAUAUUUUUUUUUUCCACUUCGAAAAUUUUUUCGAAAAAAUUUUAAAAUAUAUCCACUUCGAAGAAUUCACGGAGGCACAUUCGGCAACGAAUCACUGUUGAAGAAGACAACUGCAGAACGUCAACUUCAGCGACUCCGAAAGAGAAAGAAUCAACAAGUAACACCACGGCUCAGCAAUCAAGAAGAAUGGAAGCAUCAACUCAAACCAUCGUUGUAAAAGAGACACAUAAAUUCAUAAUUAUGGACUUCGAGUUCUCAAUGGUAAACAAGACAAGCAUGGUUGUCAUCUCCGGAGCUAUAUCCAAUAGCUUAGACCGUUUUAAGAUCAGGAAACUGGAGGGACGACCUCUUUUGCUACCACUUAACGAAGAAGCUCGACCUAUGGGUGAGACGGAGCUUCAGGUGGCAAUAAGAGAGAUAAAGAGAGUGUUCAGAGUAAAAACUGAUCUGAGAGAUGCUUGUCUAGACCAAUUACAACAAAGUUUGAGUUCAACCAGGAAUAAUUUGAAUAAGGGAUAUAUUGACAGUUACAUACGUAGAGGUAAUAAAGAGAAUGUGAUAGUAGUAUGGAACGGACAUUCGGACAAAAAUAUUUUAAAAAGAUUAGAUUUAGACCACUAUCCUAUGUUAAACAUAACGUGCUACGAUAAGUAUUUUAAUAAAAAUUUCUAUAUUCAGUUUGAAAAGUUAGGCAACAAAGAAAUAAUUUUCGAAGUAGAUAUCGGUACAUAUAAUAAAACAGGAAGGCUACUUAAUUUAGUAGAGACCCAUGAUAUAAUAUGUAAAAAGAAACACCAUACUACGUAUGCGCAUGAUCCGAGAAUGGAUGUCAAGUAUACUAAAUGUAUAUUUGAUUAUGUGAUACGGAAACAGCGAUAUGAAAAUUUAAUAAAACAUUUCUAAAAAAAAAUAUAUAAACAAUAACAAUAAAAGUAGUAAUAAAACAAAAACAACGGUUACAUUAAUAAUCAAAAUACGAACGUAAAAUUUCUUUUUCAGAAAUUCAUAAUUCUAUAAAUUACAAAUCAACUCUACGAAAUAAAUAAUAACCAAUAAUGGAUAGAAUGGAGCAAUUAGCUUCGGCAAUAUCGUUUAACAUAGAAACGCAAUUUCAUAUUAAUCCAACACAGGGAGAAUGGCAUAAUUACACAGCUUGUUUUGAUUUUCAUAUAGUUACCGCUAAUGAAAAUAUACUCGUACCUUACGAGGAUGAAACUAUAUUGGAAAUGAUUGAGGCAGCCAAAAGAUUUUUGUAUGAUAUGGCGUUAGACAGAGAAUUUGGUGAACCAUACUGUUAUGAAUUAAACUAUUACCUCGAAAUAAUACAGAAUCCACGAGAUAUAUUGAAUUACAGUAGAUAAAUGUAUGUCUAGAAUGAAUUGAUCAGGUAAAACGAAGUGGUUGGGGCUGUACGAAACACCUAUCGACAUAACAUUUGACAUAUGAUCGAUGGGGUGGAUUCUAUGGCAUCCCCAAUGAGUAAAGAGUGAUCAAGUAAACGUAUUAAUCAGUUAGGGUUGUUGUCAAUGUGGACGACGUACUUUAAAUGAUUAGUAUGUCAUUCCAUGGGCAGCGAAUCUUGAUUGAGUAAAUAAAAUAAAAAAAAAACAUACAAACUGGAAUGAUAAUAAAUAUAUAUAUAUACACUUAGAUUAAGAAAACAUACUGUACGAAUAAGUUACUAUUGGGAUAUGGAAAUAAAUUUGAAUUGUGGGGAACUUUAUAGAUUUUGUACUACUAAAAUAUUAUAAUAAGUAAAAAAAAAAAAAUAUUAUUUGUAUUAAUUAAUUUACCAUAUAAGAAACUAUUGUAAUCAACACAUUAUACUAACCACAUAUUUUAUUGGAAUUAUCAAAUCAAUUAUAAUCACUAUAUUGUACUAUUUACUAACACUAUAUUUUAUUGUAAUCACAAUUAUAAAUUAUAAGAAAACUAACCAACAUAGUUAAAACAUAGAAUUAUAUAACCAAAUAUUUAAUCUAACCAUAUAAUCAUUAAUUAUAUUAUAAUCAAAAUAUUUAAUCAAACUAUUUAACCAAUUGUAAGUGUAAUCAAUCCAUAUUUAAUCAAAACUAUAUAUACAACAUAUACAUCAUAUAUUCAUAUUAUAUAACGAAAAUACUUUAAAUGUAAAAGCAUACAGAGAAUUGUAAUGUAUGUCUUAUAUCAAUGACUUGUAAUCGAUUAUUGUAAACACUAUAACAUUGUAAUAAUUUGUAACUUAACUAUUUUGUACUGAACUUUGAAAGAUUUCUGUCUUUGAGACAUAAACCUUUUUUUUCGUGGGGAGGUGCAACGUGCUCUGAUAAUUAUAUUAAAUGUAAUAUAUAAAUUACCAAAGCCAACAAUACUCUAAACCAUGGGGACGUAAAGGAUAUCCUCAUAGUUAUGUUAGGGUGAGCAACCAGGCAAGCAAUGAUUGGGUGUGGUCGGACUAGGACCGGAUCUAAUAAACAAAAGUAGGAAACAAUCAAAAGUAUCAUCGCCCGUGUGCUUCUUAUCCGAUGGGAGGUAAUGGCAUGUGACUACUAUCCGGUGACAUAUUAUGGAUACGUAAUUGCCACCCGGUAGAGUAUAUUAGUUGCGGAAUCACUCACCCGAUAGAAUAUUAUAGUCAUAUAAUUGACGCACGCUAUCGGCCGGAUGACGCAAAGCGUGGGAAGAAGCGGAUGCAGGUGCAGAUGACCAUCAGGGAUCUGAAGGUACCGCGGGAGUCCCUGGACGAUAUAUAAGGGGGCCCAGAUUAGGCACAAUUCAGACGUGAUCCACCAGAGUUAGCGCAAGCACCUUCACGUCACCCAGUUUAAUAUUUUAUGUCUCCUGGACUUAGAAUAUUUUUCACAAGUUUUAUUAAAUUAAUUAAUUGGACUUAGAAUAAUUUUAAAUAAAAAACACUUAGAAUAA